AUUGUGCCUGUACUCGACAUGAAAACCAGGAAGUAAACUUUCCUGUGAACGAUGGAGCAUAGUUCCAGUGAAACCAGUGAAAAAACCUUCACCUGCCAGUUGUGUGGUUUAAGCAGCUCUUAUAGUUACUACGGACAGAAACCACCAAACACUAGAGCCAUAGUGUUGCUGGAGGAGUGUUUUGUGACCAAGGAUCCCUUCAGCCCGGACCGGGAGAAGUUCCUGGUCCUGGGCUCCACCUGCAGUCUGUGCAGCCUCUGUGUCUGUGCUGGAUCGGACUGCAGUCUCUUCUACACCAAGAGGUUCUGCAUGCAGUGUGUGAACAAACACCUGGACCAGUUCCCUCACCAGAUCCAGUCCGAGUUGGCCAAGAAGAAGCAGAGCUCCAAGGCUGCCGUGUCAUGACGUCCUACGAGACGUAAUCUGCUCAGGUGUCUUGGACGAAUAGCUUUUUUCAUGAAUAGUUUUUAUGAGCACUUUUUGAUUACAUCCACACUGGAUGGAACUAUAACUACACAAAGCUGCACAACAAAACAUCCUGUACUGAAUCCACGUCGCUCUCAGUUAUGACCACUCUGAUUGGAAACACACAUCCAUCACUAAAGUACAAAUCUAUCCUUGCGGGCAGGAUGUUAACCUGCUGCAUUAUAGUCAGCCAGGUUUUAUUUGUUUACUACAGAGUUUUAUAGAAGAAAACUGCAGGUGUGAGGAGUGCUGCCAAACCUCUGUUGGAUUUUGUUUGCAGGCUCGCAAUCAAACCUCCCAAUUAAAAAUGCCUGACAGUUUAAAAUCUGAACUUUCUCCAAAUUGUAUGUACACUGCUACUAAAAAAAAUAUAGUUAAUUCAGUGGAGCCCAUUUUCUAUGCUAUUUAAACUCAUAAUCAAAUAAGGAUGAACAGUUUUAAACUAUCUCUACCACGUUUUCAGUUAUGACCAUGAGUCCCGUCUAAACCCACAGCAGCUAUUCUAGUCUGUCUGUAAAUAGUUCCAACAAUAUUACAGCCAUGAGCGUAUGAGUCAAAAUAGCAAAGUGGAAGCAAUAGUUCAGUUGUAAAUCACACUCAGGCAUCGAUUCAUGUUUCCACUGCCGUCAAAGUGGGGAAAAUAAUAAUAAAUGUUUUUAAAUUUUUUAAUGAGCCUGUUCUUCUUUUUUUUUUUUUUACAAGACAACACAUUUUUAGUGCUUUUCAGCAACAUAUGGUAACAGUAACAUUAACGGCACAUUCUCUAAUAUUACACACAUGUUCACAGUGACACAUCGUUUGCAAAGGGCCUCACAGCUUGAACUUUGAUUUCUGUUUGUUCAUGGUCAAAGCUCGAAGUGUUGACUUCUGUCGAGUCACAAUUAUUUUCUCUUUGUUCUGAAAUCAUAAAAAACAUAAAACACAAAAA